UAAUGAAUGUGGGGUGGAGGUAAAUUUCACGGCGAAGCAAGGCAUAAAAGCCCUGCUCACUAGUUCACUUCACAUUCACACAAGGCGCUGUUUAUUGGAUUCUCUCCUCUCUUCCUCCCCAUGGACUUAACCCAUCAUUUUCCCCUCCCUUCCUGCUUCCUCCUCCUCUUCCUUCUUCUCAUUCCUUAUUUCGCUUCCUCUGAUUUGGCCAAGGACAGGCAAGAGUGUGCCGAUCAACUCGUCGGCCUCGCCCCCUGUCUCUCUUACGUCGGCGGCCAGUCCAAAACUCCCACCAUCGAUUGCUGUACUGGUCUCAAACAGGUCAUCGACAAGAGCAAGAAAUGCCUCUGCCUCCUCAUCAAAGACCGCAACGAACCCGACCUCGGCUUUACCCUCAACGCCUCUCUCGCCGUCAACCUCCCCUCCGCCUGUCACGCCCCCGCCAACAUUUCUCAGUGCAUCGAUCUUUUGCACUUGGCUCCUAAUUCUUCCGAGGCUAAGGUGUUCGAGGGCUUUGAUAAAGCCACUACUAACAGUUCCAGUCCCACUUCUAGUUCCCCCCCGGCUGCGCCUACUGGGAAGGGAUCCAACUCCAGCACGAGUGCUGAUGAGAAGAACGGUGGCGUCUCUGUGGCUGUGUGGGAAGAGAGGCGGUUGGUGGCUCAAGUGGUUUGUGUGAUUAUACCCUUUGUUUUCACCUUUCUUGUUUGAGAACUCGACCAGAUUGGGAUUGCUAUUGCUAUUGCUAGCCUCUGUAUCAUCUGUUUCUUUUCCACUUUGCCGAUUUUUGCAUUGUAGAUUUGCGUUAUUUUUAUUAUUGAACAGCAAAAGUAAACAGUAAUGAUCUAUGGUUUAGUUCCUUGAAUUUAUGGAGCCA